AUGGACGAGUCCUGGGGUGAUGACCUGGAGUCGUUGGGAUACGUGUUGCUGUACUUCGCGCGUGGCUCGUUGCCUUGGCAAGGGCUCAAAGCCCUGACUGAGGAGGGAAAAAACGAGUUGAUCAAACAGAAGAAACUAAACAUGCCGGUGACAAGAGCUUUGCGACGGCCUUCCCGAGGAGUUUUCGACAGAUAUUAG